AUGGCACCUACAAAGCAGGAACUUUCCCUGCUCAUCAACCCUCUUGUCCCAGAGGCUGUCCAACAUAACAACCGAGUCCUCUCCUCCCUCCAUAGCUUAACAGCCUUCCUCCUCGGUAUCAGCGCCGGAAUCCUAGCCCUGCAAUCGGCAUACGGCUUCGCCUUCUACUUCACCGGCACAAUCCUGGUAUCCGGUCUCUUCCAUUUGGUCCUGAUCCAACGCUCCGGCGGCGCCGGUGCGGGCGUCUUCUUCCCCGGUAGCAACGGCGGUGAGAUUGAUGGGUCUGUGGAGAUGGAUGAGAAGUCCGGUGUUGUGAAGAUGGAUCUGGGAGGUGCGAAGAAUAAGAGACAGUUUAUUUUGCGGAAGGGUGCUUGGAGAAAUGUUUGGUUUGGUGGAGGCGUUGUCAGUGAGGCUAUGAGUGGGUUUGUUCUUGGUUGGGCUGGUGUUGGUGGUGUUUUGAGGUAA